AUGGAGAGGUCUUAUGGACUUUUGUUGCUGAUAAUCAAAACCUUGGCCAUUAUUCAUAUAGUACAAGCUCAGAGCCAACAAGGUUACAUCACUUUGGACUGCGGGCUACCAGCGAAUGAACCAUCUCCUUAUAAAGAGGAUUCAACAGGGUUACAAUUCUCUUCGGAUGCAACAUUCAUCCAGAGUGGGAAACCCGGUACAAUUCAGCCAAGUCUAGCGAGUAGAUAUAUUAAGCCAUAUACAACGCUGAGAUCUUUUCCGAAUGGCACACGGAAUUGCUACAACCUACGUGUCGAGAAGGGGAGAAACCAUCUGAUCAGGGCUAGGUUUUUGUAUGGAAACUAUGAUGGCCUUGACAAUAACCCCACGUUUGAUCUGUAUCUUGGACCUAACCCAUGGGCCACUAUAGAUUUGCAUAAGCGAGUGAAUGGUACAAAACAAGAGAUCGUUCACAUCCCAACAUCAAACACGUUGCAAGUCUGUCUUGUUAAGACUGGGACGACUACGCCGGUGAUCUCGACCUUGGAAAUACGGCCUAUGGGAAAGGAUUCUUAUAGCACUCAAUCUGGUUCUUUGAAUCUCCACUUUCGAGAAUAUUAUAGCGAAUCAAAGACUCCCCUAAGGUACCCUAACGAUGACUAUGAUCGCCAAUGGACUGCGUUUUUUUCGGAAAAUUGGACUCAGUUAAGCACCACUAGCGAUGUGGGAAACACCAACGAAUAUAAUCCACCAAAAGCUGCACUUGCAACUGCAGCCAUACCUACUAAUGCCAGUGAGCCAUUGACAAUUUACUGGAGUAAUCCGGAGAAACCUGAUGACCAAUAUUACGUGUAUAGACACUUUGCUGAGAUCCAAAACCUGCGGAGUAAUGAAACCAGGGAGUUCAACAUGGUAUGGAAUGGGGAACUUUUGCCGUCUGACCCUAUAAUUCCUAGGGAGUUAGAGAUAAUUACCAUCUAUAGCGUGGCGCCAAAGACCUGCCCUGAAGGGGAAUGUUAUUUUCAGCUGAAAAGAACCAACAGAUCAACCCUUCCACCUCUACUUAACGCUAUUGAAGUCUACACAGUUAUCGAGUUUCCACAGUCUGAAACAAAUGAGAACGAAGUGGUUGCUAUUAAAAACAUUGAAGCCACUUAUGGAUUGAGUAGAAUCAACUGGCAAGGCGAUCCAUGUGUCCCUCAAGACCUUAGGUGGGACGCUUUAAACUGUAGCCAUGUGGAUCUCUCCACACCACCAAGAAUCACUUCUUUAAACUUGUCUUCAAGUGGUUUAUCUGGACACAUAGCAGCUGCCAUUCAAAAUCUUACGCAACUGGAAAAAUUGGAUCUGUCAAACAAUAACCUAACUGGAGAAGUGCCUGAGUUUCUAGGCAACAUGAAAUUAUUGUUGGUGAUAAACUUAAGUGGGAAUGAUCUCAGUGGUUCAAUUCCUCAAUCUUUACAGAGAAAAGGAAUCAAGCUAGCUCUUGAAGGAAAUCCAAGGAUUUUCCCCACAUCUGGUUCACCAGGAAAAACACAUAAAAAGAGCCUUUUAGUGCCAAUUGUUGCAUCUGUUGGUUCCGUGGCUAUCCUCAUUGCCGCAUUGGUUCUAUAUCUUGUUCUCAGAAAGAAAAAACAGCCUACUGUUAAAGUUGUUGACCCACCACCAAGUAUGCCUACCGUGAAUGUUACAUAUGGUCAUUCACCUGAGCCAUCAAUUGAGAUGAAAAAGAGAAGGUUUGCUUAUUCAGAGGUUAUACAAAUGACGAACAAUUUCGAAAGAGUUGUAGGGGAAGGAGGAUUUGGAGUUGUUUGUCAUGGUACUGUCAAUGGUUCUCAACAGGUGGCUGUUAAGCUACUAUCUCAAUCAUCAACUCAAGGCUAUAAAGAGUUCAAAGCAGAGGUUGACCUUCUACUGAGAGUUCACCAUACAAAUUUGGUAAGCCUUGUUGGAUAUUGUGAUGAAGGAGAAAAUUUGGCCCUCAUCUAUGAGUUUGUACCUAAUGGAGACUUAAGACAACAUCUAACGGGAAAAGGAGGCAAAUCUGUCAUCAAUUGGGGUAUUCGGCUAAGGAUAGCUGUGGAAGCAGCACUAGGUUUGGAGUACUUACACAUUGGGUGCACACCACCAAUGGUUCAUAGAGAUGUCAAAACUACAAACAUAUUGUUGGACGAGCAUUACAAGGUCAAACUCGCUGAUUUUGGGCUCUCCAGGUCUUUCCCAAUUGGAGGUGAAACUCACGUUUCAACGGUGGUUGCUGGUACUCCUGGUUACUUGGAUCCUGAGUAUUACCAUACAGGUCGGUUGGGUGAGAAAAGUGAUGUUUACAGUUUCGGCAUUGUGUUAUUGGAAAUUAUCACAAACCAACCAGUGAUUGAUCGAAACCGAAGAAAUUCUCACAUAACACAAUGGGUUGGGUCUGAGCUCAACGGAGGGGAUAUUGCAAAGAUCAUGGAUCCAAAUCUUCACGGGGAUUAUGAUUCACAUUCUGCCUGGAGAGCUCUUGAGCUGGCAAUGUCCUGCGCUGAUCCAACUUCAGCAAGACGACCAACCAUGUCUCAUGUUGUUAUCGAACUAAAAGAGUGUGUUGUAGCUGAAAACUCGAGGAGAAAUAUGAGUCCAAGAAUGGAUUCACUGAGUUCCACUGAAGUGAGCACGACCUUUGAUAGUGGUAUGAUUCCCACAGCAAGAUAGUGUCACGUAUCACAAGUACAAUAACCUUGGUAAUAUUUUGUGUGCCUAUUGGUUUUCAAAUUUUUUUGGAAAAAAAUUAAAAAAAAACAUUUGUAAUAUUUUGAUUGAAAUAAAUAUAUAUAGUUUGG